GAUGCGAAUGAAGAGAAUGACGACGAAAAUUAUUUGUCAAUUGCUCUGAAAAAUCUUUUACAAGAUUUCUCUUCGAUCACAAAUCCUGGCGGGCAAGAUGAACACCUAGAAGAAUGUGUUCUUAAUUGGUUCUCCAAACAUAAAGAAUUCACCCAAGAAAAAACAUUCGAACAUUUAAAACAAAUUACUCAUAAAAAUUAUAAUUAUGCAUGUCUACUCGGAUUCUUUUAUCAUCGAUCUUUUGGUACAAGGGUCGACCGGCAAGAAGCAUUUAAAUGGUACCUACAAGCUGCUGAAAAUAAUGAUGCAUUCGGUCAAAAUCAGGUUGGAUAUUUUUAUCAUAGUGGUAUCGGCACCCAAAGAAAUAAUGAGAGAGCCUUUUAUUGGUACCAGAAAUCUUCGGAUGGCGGAUGCAGUAACGCAAAACACAAUCUCGGUUACUGCUAUCAGUAUGGAAUUUAUGUAAAGAGAAAUACACGAUAUGCUUUUUAUUGGUAUUCCAGAAGUGCUGAGAUGGGUGAUGAAUUUGGCAUGUGUACUUUGGCAGAUGUGCUUUUGCGUGGUAUUGGGACGAAUGUUGACGUUCAUCAAGUUUUAAGAUUGUAUCGAGAAGCAAAAAAUUUGAAAUGUAUGCGUGUUGAUGAAAGUCUUCGUUCUAUUUUCUUUUACUGUAAUCAUUUGUUCUAA